AUGGACAUACCAGACCGGGUAUUAGAUCCUCUUUCAAAUGUCAACACAGCAGAAUCAUCCCAGUUAGAAAAACAACUUUUAGAAUUAACCACAAAUGAGGAAAUCAAAUUCAAAUUCAAGAAUAGCUAUCAAAAAUUUUGGCUGCAAAAGCCAAUCAUGGAACUGUACCCUAGUUUAUGGUCGAUUGUUCAACGAUUUCUGAUAGCAUUCCCACCAUCGUAUUUGUCUGAACGUGGAUUCAGUGCUGUAGCAAUACUGGUAAAAAAAAAGGGAAAUCUGUUGCUUGUUACCGAACGCGGUGAUUCACGGCUGUUUUUGAGUAAAUUUGAGCUAGAUAUUAACAAACUCGUUUAUGCACAUCAAGUUCAUCCAUCACAUUAAGUAAAUGUUAAAUUUUGAAUUCAUAACUUUUUUAUAGCAUGAUUUUAAUAAAAAAUACUAUUAAUAUGAAUAAUUUUAAUAAUAAAUGUUUCGUUUUAAUAAAAAUACUUUUAAGUAUGAAUAAGUAUGCGUUUUAAUUGCUGUCAUCCAAAAAGCUAAUUUAAAAUUUAUGUUAGAACUCAGAAAUAAGAUAUAACAUAUUUAUAUAUUAUAAAUUGUGAUAUCUGUUUUUAAAAGACAUAACAGAUGGUAAGUUAAAAUAUUUUUUUUUUGGGGGGGGGAGGGGCGCUAGAAAAUUUUUGAUUCUCAAAGUGGGCGGUGGAUGAAAUAAGUUUGAGAACCUAUGGUCUAAAGUUUUACCGAUUUUUCCACAAGAACGUGAAACAUUGAAUCUCAUACUUAUUACAUUAUAUCAGCGUUUCCUAACCUGGGGGGGGGCGUGUAAACAUUUCUGGGGAGGCAUAUGCAAUCAUUACAAAAUACAAUUUUUAUUUAUUAAAUUAUUUUUAGUAGAAAUUAUGCUUUUACAAUUUGAAAAAGACGAUCUUCAUGAGAAUUUUACAAAAGAACAUUUUACAUUCUACUUUGCAUACCUAGCAGAAUUUUUGAGUCUAUUAAUUACCUAAAUCUCAAAUUACAAGGGAGGAAUAUGAACGUCAUAGCCGCCAAUGAUUCUAUCAACUCAUUUCUAGAAAAGAUACAAUUGUGGAAAUGCCGAGUAAACAAAGAUACUCAUAUUUUUUUCAUUUUUCCAUCGACUGAAUGAAUUUAUCUCUGAUGAAGAACAUUUUUCUCUUAUUGAAUUGAACAAUAUAGUUAUUAAGCAUCUUGAAAGUUUGACUGAUGAAUUAAUACGAUAUUUUCCGGAUGUUUCGAACAAAAGUUGGCAAUAUUCGCUAACAAGUUGUCCAUUCAGUUCUGACAGACACAUUACCCGAUACACUACUAGAAUAGGCAAUCGAGCUGAAGAACGAUUCACGCGCCAAAAUUGAUUUUAACAACGGCAGCUCUUUGGAAGAAUUUUGGAUAAAAUGCCAACCCAUUUAUCCGGAAAUUUCAAAUGAAGCAUUAAAAGUCCUGGUACAAUUUUCAUCAACCUUCUUAUGUGAAUCCGGGUUCUCCAGCUUGGUGGUUAUAAAAACAAAACACAGACAUGGCUGGGAUGUUGAAUCAGACUUGAGGUGCUCUUUAACAAACAUUGAGCCAAACAUAAAAAAAUUGUCUAUAGAAAAGUAUUGCCAGUCUUGAAAUUAAUAAAUUGUAAAUUUCAUUAUAUUAUAUUAUGUACUAUUUUACUAUUUUAAUUAUUAUCAUUAAUAAAAUUGAAUUCAUCUCGGAUAUUUUAUAUUUUCUUUGUAAAGUACCCAAAAAAGUGAUAUAUUUUUCAUGUUAUAGAUGGGGGGUGGGGCACGAGAGUUUCGAAAAUCUACAAAGGGGGCGUAGAAUAAAAAAGGUUGGGAACCACUGCCUUAUAUGGACUUGUUUUCGACUAUUUUAUAUUUAUCUGCUAUUUAUGGCUAGAUACGUUGUUUUCCUAAUGAUUGAUACUAAUAUUAUUAUUAUUAAAUUAUAACUGAUAAGUAUUUAGUAUAGGCGACUGCAAAUUUAAUAUGUAUCUGUUUGGCUAUAGAAUUAGAAGUAUUUAUUUAUAUAGGUAAUAUACGUGCACCCAUAUUAUGCAAUCAGUAAUGAACUAAAGACAAAUGCAGGGCGGAAAAAAAUCAUAUUUUAUAAAAUAUCGAAAUUUUCAAAAUUUGUUAUUUCAUGAAAUUUUAAAUACUAAUAUUUUUUCAAAAUAAAUAAAAUAAUACUCAUCGGCUAUAUUGUUACAUAAUUUUUUUUAUAGUUACGUAAUUUUAUUAUUUUCGUGUGACAAUACUUAAACCGUGCCGAAAAAUAACUAAAUAGGCAUUAUAUAUUUUCUAUAACAGUAUUUGUUUAAUAUUGUAUCAAUUUUCCGGUUUUUUCUGGUUUUUUUCGGUUUUUCACUUGUGCUAAGAAGAAUCUUGGGAAAAUCGAAAAAUGACCUCCUUGAAAUACCUUCCUAGUCAUAUUUCCUAUUAGAAAAAGUUCUAUCAUUAUAUUUUGCAGCAAAAUUGCUAAUAGAAAAGUUGUCUACAGAAAAAAAAUCUUAAUAUUUUGCUAAUAUAUUUCGUAAAUUUUCCUGUUUUUUCUACAUUUUUUACGAUUUUUCCCAGAGUUAUGAAACCGCUUGAAAAAUUAAAUAAAUUAAUCUCCCUGAAAUACUAUUUAGACAAAUUUCUUUUUAGAAAAUAAGCUACAUUUGAUAAAUCGGAGCCAGAUUUCUGGUAGAAAAGUUUACACAACAAAUUGAGGGGUAUUUUUCGAAUAAAAUAAUCCGAAGAAGCGAUAGCUGGGUCUCUAGGCAUACCUAAAAUGCAUUUUAUUAUUCCUGAUUAAGUAAAAGUGAAAAAAUAUAUGCACACAAUAUUUUCCGAAACACGAGUUUGAAUUCAUGACCCUAAGAUAAUAGGUAUGUUUAACUAUUCGGCUAUGACAAACAUAUCUAAGAGUAAACAAUACAGAAUAACAACAUAUAAUAUCAGAGUUUCAAAAAGCUUUAGUUUCGAAACCUAGCAAGUUGGCUCAAUUCUAACUUCACCAUCGUUCUUAAAUCGGCAAUAUACAUAUGUUGAAAAAAAAAGGUUGAAAAUUAGAUUUGUUCCAUCAAACUUUUUACUCAAGAAAGUUUCGUCGAAAUUUGAUAUUAAAAUUCCUACCCUAGUCUUUACAUUCAACAGUAUCUUCUGAUCCAUAUACUCGUACUUGAUCUUAUUUUAAAAACAUAUUGGAAGGUAAAUACCCAAUAUACAUUAUUGACAGUACCUAUCGAUCUAUCGGAUUUCGAUAAUAAUGUAUUUUAUUCUAAAUGCGGUACAGGUCAUUAGGUAUAUUGUUAGAUAACUUACGAGAUUAUUUCGUUGACAUUUCAGUUUACCAAUAAUUUAGUUAUUUGUUUCUUCAGUGAUACUUCAAGUACAUUAUUUUUAUGUAAUUUCAUUUUAUUUUGACAAUGGAGAAUAGUUCGUACCAGUUCGUAAGAGAGGUAUAAGAAAUGAAUCGACUUAUUUAAGAAAUGUAAUUAAAACUGCAAGAAUUGAAGGUAAGGAGCAUAACAAUUAUAAAAAUCAAAUAAUCCUACCCAAGAAAAUAGCUGUUACAUUAUGUAAUUGUUCAAUGAAAUGUAAUUUAAGUGAAAUUGAUAAAGAAUUUGUGUUUAAACAUUUUUAUAAAAUUCCUAAUAAAAAUGAACAGGAUUUAUUUCUUAAGGGGUUAAUAAUAAAAGAACAUUGUAAAACGUAUAGAUCUCACAAUGAAAAUGCAAUUUUAUUAGAAUACAGUUUUAAGUAUUUUUGUAUAUUGGGAUCUGAUAGGAAAAAAAGGUUGCACAACUGCGUUUUUUAAAAUAUAUGGUGCAACAGAAAGACGUGUGCGAACUAUUAGAGAAUACCUUAAUAAAGGGUUGACACCUAUCGACGAAAGAGGAAAAUCUAAAAGUCGUAACGCUAUUCCGCCUUCAAAAUUGAAACUUAUUCAUGAUCCUAAUUUUCCUGUAAAACAAAGUCAUUAUUCGGGCAAAAAAUUAUAUUAUUUAAAUAACUACCUAACUGUUAAAAAUGUUUGAGUGUUUUUUAACCAAACAUCCCACUUCGAAUAUUAAAUAUAAAUAUUGCAAUAAAUACUUCAGAGAGAAUUUCAAUUUAUCUUUUGGUAGACCACAAGUAGACACAUGUUGUAAAUGUGAAGAUUUAUCCAAUAAAAUAAAAAAUACAUUUUUAAAUGAAACUGCCAAAAGAACUGCUGUAGCAGAAAUGAUUGUUCACAAGCGCCAAGCAAAGCAAUUUUAUACUAUACUGAUAAGUUCUAGGGAUGAAAAUAAACAACUUGAUGAUUUUCUAUGUCUUACAUUUGAUUACAUGCAAAAUUUACAACUCCCGAAAAUUCCUGUCCAAGAUCUUUUUUACUUCCGUUAG